AUGGCACCCUCACCAUGUGGAAGCUUCGUCAUUUGCGCCACCUACGGCCACUGGUCGCCGUGGGACACUGACUUGUCAAGCGGUAAAGUUGAGCGUCACAAUUACAUGAACACUAGUUACAUCACCACUACCACCACCACAGUAAACAGCCACACUAGUCACGUAGUGUGCCGCAAACAUAGCUGGAUCUGCAACCUCGGGGGACAGCCGAAGGCCAAGCUCAACAAGAGGAACCUGCAGCAGUAUGUGAGUCGAAGACGGUGGCACACAGCUGUCCAUACGGUCACCGCUCUCCGACGCAUGGGGGCAAACCUAUCUGAGAGGCGGGAAUCCACCAGCCAAGAGUUUGCCAAGACGAAAAGCAGCAUAGAGCUGUAUGGCCUGGAGAAGGAGUUCCUUUCGUCCUCGGGCUUUAGCCAUUCCAGGAGUUCCAACGAAUUUCAGAGUCUGGAAUCGCCGACGGUAGAAGCUCCGUCACGCCUUGCCCCAGUGGCUGAGAAGGAGACCGAGAGCUCACCUCCCAGUUUAAGAAAGUCAGAAAGGCGGCGGACGACUCAACCGAGAUCAAGUUGUAAAAAAUCUAAAACUGUUAAUAACAAAGAUGCACCAACUGUACAACCAAGUCAAGAGCAAAAGAAAAGAGAAGUGCUUUACAUAGAAGCAGAGGAGGCAUUGCGGCGGAUGGUAGGUCAGGUUCCAUCAUCACGAACGGCUAACUCGGUCUGUUCGGAUGACCAGAGGCAGACGAAGCAGAGUAGAGACGAGUGUCCCCAGCCCAAAGACUCUCCCAUUUCCAUCAAACAGCGUCGUGAGAAACCGCCCUCACAACCCGUCCCGCGGAGGCCCACGACAGUCACCUCCUCGACUCGCGUCCCACCGGUGCUGGAGCUGGCCCGAAGGAGGUCCUCCGGCAUGGCCAUCCAGUAUCCUUCGACCAUCGGCAAACCACUCCUGGAAGCGGUCGAACAAGCGAAAGUCGGACCGCGCUCGCUCGUCGACCAGUUGCUGGGACAGUUCAAGGGGAUGCAGUCGUUCUCCUUCGCUGAGCUGAGGACGACCAAGGGCAAGGCCACCUUAGCGAGCACCGUGGUCAGCAAGCCCGUCUUCCAGUUCCGCAAGGGCCGACCCAUCAACAGCGGCGCUGUGCUGGAGAUCGCCAAGAAGUUCAUGGGCUUCGAGUAA